UAGCACAGCAGGCCUUUUCGUUUCUCUCCCCUUCCGCAAACCAAAAUGUUGGCGGCUCGCCGGCUCUCCGCCUCCACUUCUCCUCUCCUCCUCCGCCGCCUCUCUGUGCAGACACAUCCCACGGCGCUACCGCCGCCCCCCCCACCGGAGGCGACCGAGUCGGGGCCGGGAGCGUGGGCCCGCCGCGUGGCGGCGCUCUCGCUGCUGGGGCUGACCGGUGCCGUCGCAGCCAGCGCCGUCAGCGACCUCUCUAUCUUUCUCUCCUGCUCCAGCCAGGCAAUAGAAAAGGCCACCCAGAACCAGCAGAUAGUGAAUGCCAUUGGCAAGCCGAUCGUGCGGGGCCCCUGGUAUAGCGCUUCCAUUGCUGUGAACCACGCGAGGCAUUCUGUCUCCUGCACAUUCCCAGUGUCUGCGCCCCAAGGAAGUGGGCUUCUGAAGUUCAAGGCUGUUCGUUUGGGAGAUGAAUCUUGGUAUUCAUUUCUACAGCCCAGUGACUGGGAGAUACUCAUAAUGGAUGCCAUCCUUGAUAUCCAUACUGAAGAUGGGAAGCACCGGACGAUGAGGGUAACCAUUCCAGACAACACCCCUGCUCCACCGCCAGCAGACUGCACUGCGUGCAAGUCCCAUACGGCUCCAUCUGCGGAGAAGUGAAUUCAUUUAGAUAUGAUUUAUUCAUCUGAAUAUGGCUACCAUGGAGUGAUUUGUUCCACAAUCCCCGGCGAACCUGGAGGAAAUAAGUGCCAUUUUUUUUGUCCAAGAAGGUGCAGAUCGAUAUUGAGAAAAAGUGAGAAUUCUUUAGUGAUAUAUUGGAAAUCCAUACGUAUGGGAUAGGAUAAAUUAGGCAAAAAUUUGUCAUUCUGCCCGCGGCCGACCAUACUCUGAACAGUCUCAAACAGCUAAGAUUUGCUUUUAGGACCCCUUGCUAGCAAUACAGCAUGACCGAAGACUUUAGGUUGCUAGCAGGAAAAGUUACUCGGCUAGGUUUGUGAUUUGUGUUAUUCUCGUUACAAUACCUGCUGAUUAGGACCACAUAAUUAUGUUUUUGUUA